AUGAAUUCGCCUCAUCCAGAGAUCGAGAAAGAUACUGCCACAAGCAAACUUGGGUGGCUAUCUCGUCCAUGGAAAGGAAUAGGGUCGAGUAGUAUCAUUCUACAUUUCGUCAGCUCCUUGUUGGGAUGGAACCAACCCUCGAUACAAGUCGCAGAGCCCAGUCAGAAUACUGUCUGGUUGCUCGAUAACACCGCUUAUCGGCGCCCAUCUUCCAAUUCGACAAAGCAGUCAUGGCAUGUAGAGGUCAUUGCAUGCGUCUUUGAGAAACAUGGCCGGAAGGACAUUAGUAAAUUCGUCGCAACAGUUGCCGACCUCAUCGGACUUGACGGCGAAGUGGGCACCGAGAAAGAGAUACGCCAGCGAAUAGCACAAAGAUUACGCCCAUUCCUAGAUCAAAUUGAGCCAGCACAUGUGAUGACCAUGGAGAUACCACUGCCCAAUAACACCAUUCAGAUCCACCCGAUCGGUCCCACUGAAAAAAGCGGCAUCAGUAGUCAGGAUGUGUCCCUAGGCAGUCAGCAUAUUAAAGAUGGUACCAAAGUCCAGCCGUAUCUCCGGGGCUGGGAUGAGACCAUAUCGAUGGAUACUAUCUUUGCCGCCCCAGAAGGCUGGAUGGUCAUAUCAGAUAUCGAUGAUACCAUCAAGCAUACCAUGACUUCAGUACCGACCGGUAUUCUUCGCACAACCUUUGCCGAAGAAGCAAGGCCUAUACGCGGAAUGCCCGAACUGUACUCUCAUAUCCAGAACGAGCUGGCACCGGCGUGGUUCUACCUAUCAGCCUCGCCAUACAAUCUGUAUCCCUUCUUGCGUGAAUUCCUGCAUACACAGUACCUUGCCGGCACUUUGAUUCUGCGGGAUUCUUCUUGGAUGGACUUUAGUGGAUUCAUAAAGUCAUACACGGAAAACACCCAGGAAUAUAAAGUGAGCCGCAUGGAAAAGAUUCAUAGUUGGCUCCCUCAGCGACGGGUACUUUGCAUCGGUGACUCGACUCAGAAGGACCCUGAGGCUUAUGCAGAGGUAUACAAGAAGUACCCUGGUUGGAUACAAGCCAUUUUCAUCAGGAAAGUAACCGAUGUUCCUCGGAUGGAGAAACAAAAUGCACCCGAGAGAUUUGAGACUGCUUUCAAAGGUAUUCCGGCACAUAUUUGGAAACCCGCAAAACCCCAGUCUGCCACCAUGGACGAGCAAACAUUCAUCCCAGAUACAAUGAGGGCUCUAUACUACUCACCACCUCCUACAGCGACCACUGACAUUAUGACUGUGGAUGGCCCCAACAUCCCGUCUAAACUGAUAUUCGACACCGACUUUCCAACUCCCAAACCAUCACCGAGUCAAUAUCUCAUCAAAGUCCUGACAGCAGCCUUCUCCCACGACGAGUUGAGGAUAGCCAGGAGUCUCAAUCCAACCAAAUCAGUCCCCCAGAUCCCUUUGCACAACAUCUGCGGCACAGUCAUCAGCACACCCACACAAGAUCACUGGAACGAAGAAGGCCCCAAGUUCAAAGUCGACGACAUCGUUUUCGGCCUGAUAAGCCGUACCCGCGAUGGUGCGGCAGCAGACUACGUCCUCGCAACCGAGGACGAACUCGCCAGAAAGCCCAAAAACAUCUCCGCAGCAGAAGCAGCCACGAUACCUACCCCGGCCCUAACAGCCUGGCAAGCCCUCUUCGAUUACUCUGGAUUCGACCAAACCCAAACAGUAAGCGGCCAUUUCCGCUUCCUCGUCACAAACGCCUACGACAGCGAAGUCGGUCGCCAGGCUAUCCAGCUCCUCAGAUCCCGCACGAUAUUUCCGCACGCUCGGCCCUGGAUCUGCGCGACUUGUUCCUCAGCUGAGCAUGAGAAAAUCCUCCGUACCGAGUCACACGUCAACGAAGUCAUCGUCGCCCCGCUCCCGUUAUCAGAAGACUUUGACCUCGCGGCCGUCUUCCGCGAUCAUUGCUGGAAGCACGUCGACAUCGUCAUCGACUGUGUAGGCGGGAAGAUGUUCCAACAAGCACAUUCCCCGAACGUAGUCAAACCCGACGGCGUGGUCUUAACAGCCGUCGACCCAACGCCCGCUCAGACGGAGAGAAAUACGAUCGAUGACACCCAGUCGAGGAAGAAAGGGCUGUUAAGCCGGUUUAUCGCCGUGAGGCCGGACGGGGAGGGACUGAGUCGGAUUGCGAUGCUGGUUGAGGAAAAUAUCCUCCGAGGACGAGUGGAGAGCAUCGUGGAUCUGGUGAACGGGCCGGAUAUAUUAUCUGCUGGAGCUGCUGGGGCGGCUGGGGGAAGGAGAGGAGAGAUGAUGGUUUUUAGGGUGAACCCAUAA